AGAAAAAGAGACUGGAGUUAACUCUCUGUGUUGCAAGAGGGGAAAGAAACCUGAAAAAAAAGCCUGAACACAAAAGCCAUGAGAGACCGCCUCCAAGAGUUUAAACUGAGAGCUAAGGAACUGCAGACAGCUGGAGAAAACAACAGUGCAACAGUACAAGAAGAAGAGCCGGAGGAGCUUGAACAGCAGGCCAUUAUUUAUGAAAAAGAGCCCAUAACUGAAAGGCACUUGCAUGAAAUCCAGAAGCUUCAGAAUGAAAUUAAUAAUUUGGUGGAGGAAGUUAAUAAAUUCAGUCAACAACAAAAAAGCCUACUAUCUUCAAUGAGAAGAUUCAGUGUUCUUAAAAAGGAAUCUAACAUAGCAAGAGAAAUAAAAAUUCAAGCAGAGCACAUAAGAAAAAGUUUGGAUGAACUGUCAAAAACAGUGAAAAAAGCUGAAAAUGAACAUGGGCCAUCACGUGCCACAGUAAGAAUUCUAGCUUACCAGCAUGCUUUCUUAUCCCAGCGUUACCUAAAUGCUAUGCUCUCAUACAAUGAUGCUAUAACUGCUAAGCAAGAAAAAUGCAGAAGAUUUAUUGUCCGUCAGCUUGAGGUAGCUGGUAAAGAGGUAUCUGAGGAAGAAGUCAAUGACAUGUUCCAACAAGGAAAAUGGGAGGUUUUCAAUGAAAACCUACUCACUGAAGCAAAAAUUACCAAAACUCAGCUUUCAGAGAUUGAACAGAGACACAAAGAACUAGUCAAUCUGGAGAACCAGAUCAAAGACUUAAAGGAACUUUUUAUCCAGAUAUCAGUUCUGGUGGAGGAGCAAGGGGAGAUGAUCAACAACAUCGAAAUCAUUAUGAACAAAACUCAAGAGUACACUCAAGUGUCAAAAGAAAAAUUUGGGCUGGCAGUCAAGUAUCGAAAAAGAAACCCCUGCAAAGCAGUAUGCUGCUGGUGUUGUCCAUGCUGCAAAUGA